GAUUCCUCACUCCCAACAAUUUCAAAUUUUUCAUGACUUGUUGUUGAGUCAUGAGUGAAAUCGAAGCGGCGCUGUUCGCAGUGUACAAAGAAUUCAAAAACAUCACAUCAGCUCUCUCAUGUCUCUUCUCCUGAUCUACAUCAUCACAGUAUCAACUGCUGUGGUGCCUUGCGAAAUUUGUUGUGAGGGAGGAAAACAAACAGAAGAGGUACGGAAGAAAUUUCUGGAUCUCCACAAUGAAUUCAGGUCGAGGCUGGCGAGAGGUUUGGAGAAAAAUGUAAAACUAUACAACAAAACCUCUUUGAGCGCUUCUGCAAUGAUGAAAAUGAAAUAUGACUGCACAGCUGAGAGGCUUGCCCAGAAAGCUGCUGACAAGUGCAGAAAUGAACAUACACGAUGCGCAGAACUUGAAGGGUAUAAUGAGAAUAGGGCAAGAGUUAUGGGAACCAAACUUGAUCCAUUGUUUGCUGCCGAACGAGCGCUGACGGCUUGGUGGAAAGAAUUUGCUAAACAUGGAAGUCACUGGAACAACAUCUACACUAAAGAAAUGCUAGCGGAAGGAAAAAUGCAACACUAUGUUCAGAUGGCUUGGUCGCGAACGACUCAUGUUGGAUGUGCAGUUAAAAACUGUCGGAUUAGUUCGAUGGUCUUCUGUCGCUACAAACCCGGGGGUAGACGACUAAACGAAGUCAUCUACGAAGUUGGUGACACCUGCUCAGCCUGUCCUAAUGGGACGACUUGUGAAAAGGAUACAGGGCUCUGCGCUUGAGCAAAGUUCUCUCUAUCUGAGAACUCACUUCUCAAACGUUUCCGUCACUAUGUUUGCAAAUGCAUUUACAUUUUAACAUUUCACUUAGUGUAUUUACUGUUUCACACUUGUAAUUUUGUAAUUAUUCUAGGAACAUGAGAUCAUAUAGCUAUUAUUUUGCUAAUAGUUUUGGCCAGUUUUAUGCGCGAAUUGGUAUAACUCUCAACAUUACGCUUGCCAUUUGAUAAAAUGCCUG